ACAUCCAGCCAUAGAAUUAUACAUUAAAAUAAACAUAUUUGAAAUAAUUGAUUUUAAAUUAUCAUAAUAAUUCAUUUCAAAUGACCAUAUUUAAAUAUUAAAAUAAUUGCUUGUUUAUCAACAACUUUAGCAUUUUAUUCAUUACAUUUUGAAACUCUCAGAACCCAAGUUGUUAUAUUCCUUAAUAUUUAUUUAUGCAAGUUUGAAGUAUCAAUUAUCUAAACACAGUUUUGUUUGCAUAUUUUCAGGAUGUAGAUAUCUAUAUCUAUAUAUAUGUAUGAAAUACUUGACUUGCUGAAUUCUAGCUGUCAAUAUACUCCUCCCCUCUUAACCACGCCCUCAACCACGCCCCGCCCCGCCCCCGACCACGCCCCCCACCUCCGGAAAUCGGAGGUCUCAAGGUUGGCAAGUAUGGUGUACCCUGCCUUCCGCCAGAAGCAGCUGAGAUAGGCUCAUGCACCCCCCGCGACCCCGAACGGGACAAGCGGUAGGAAAUGGAUGGAUGGAUGGACUAAUUCAAAUCUGGCCGGGAAAAAAAUAAAAUGACAUGAAGUUUGGUAGGCUUAUAGACUGCUUGAACAAAAAUACUUUUAUUAACAACAAAAAUAAUACAUAUUGUAAUUUCGUUUUGAUACCAUUAAAACACCAAACAAAUAAUUAUUAUAGUCAUACAUGUUUUAUGGUGUGAGCUCUUAAUUUAUCAUUUAUCUGAAAAUAUGAAGAACAUUGAUUUUGACAGAUAAUGUAUUUAAUGUGAUAAUGUUCAGUGAUAUUUAUUGUGCAGUUGUUUAAUAUAGAUGUGAAAUUCACCAUUUCGACUCUAAGGGACGCUCUUGGUCAGCAUUUGAUUGUCGUUUCGUUCAGUCCAUCACUGAAUAUGUAAUGAAACAGCCUCGCUGUGUUCAUUUGAGGUUGAGGACGCAUUAGAGUGAACUAUAUCCACACGUUUGUGUCCAUUUUGGAUCUAUAACGAACGGAUAUUUUAAAAGAAGAUCUGUCGUUUGACUUACUGGAUACGAGUCUUGUUAUUGCAAAAUGGCACCUCGAAAAUGCGUCGCUGACGCACGAUGGAUUUGGCGACUCUUUUCUGGCCCACGGCACCAAAUUGGACUUAUUUUUUGCAUCUUUUAUUUGGUCACCACGGUAGGUGGUCAGAUUCGUUAUUCUAUCCCUGAAGAGACAAAGAAAGGCUCAGUGAUCGGUAAUGUGGCGCAAGAUCUCGGCUUGGAUGUGAAAAGGUUGCGUUCAGGGCGGGCCCGCAUCGUGACGGGAGAAAACGUCCAGUACACCGAGCUGAAGACAGACAAAGGGCUUCUCGUCGUUAACGACAGAAUAGACCGGGAGCAGCUUUGUGGAGAUGUGACGCCAUGUAGCUUCAGCUUUGAGGUCAUUUUGGAAAACCCGAUUGAAUUGCACAGCGUUCGCAUCCUGAUUCAGGACCAGAAUGACAACAACCCCCAGGUCCUGUACCCGGUCCAGACUGGUGGCUCGGUGCUGGCUGAAAUGGUGCCUCGUUCAGCAGAUGUGGGCUAUCUGGUGACUAAAGUGGUGGCUGUUGAUGUGGACUCUGGACAGAACGCCUGGCUCUCCUAUAAAGUGCACAAAGCCACAGACAGGGCGCUGUUUGAAGUGGGCCUACACAAUGGAGAAAUAAGAACUGUCCGCCAAGUCACUGAUAAAGAUGCCGUCAAACAAAGACUGAGUGUUCUAGUGGAGGACAACGGGCAGCCCUCUCGUUCAGCUACAGUCAUUGUUAACGUGGCGGUGGCGGACAGCUUCCCUGAAGUGCUGUCAGAGUUCACUGACUUUAGCAUGCACGACAAGGAGUACAAUGACAAGCUGACUUUUUACUUAGUCUUGGCUUUGGCUGUGGUCUCCUUCCUCUUCAUCACCUGCUUGCUGCUCAUCAUAUCAGUCAAAGUGUACAGGUGGAGACAGUCUCGCGUCCUGUACCACUCCAACCUCCCUGUCAUUCCAUAUUAUCCGCCACGUUACUCAGACACUUUGGGGACAGGGACUCUCCAACACGUGUACAAUUACGAGGUGUGCAGGACCACCGACUCCAGGAAAAGUGACAUGAAGAAUAUGCAAGCCAUGAGUCAAAGUUUAGUGAGUGUGGAUGGAGCUGAUGCUGAUACACCACAUGUGACCAAGCAGAUGUCAGGAAACUUUUCACAGAUGUCAACUUUGAGAGUUUGUUUAUUACUACUCUCCAUGCUCAGCAAUGUUGUGGUCGGCGAAGGGAACAGUGUUCCUCCUGGUGACGUCACAGAGCACGUGACUGGCCUGCACUUUAUCUCCCGGUAA